AUGAGACCGCGAUGGAGAUUAAGGCAGCAGGGCGAACGCACUCCAGCAUCGUUAGCGGUUGUACCUACGAUGUUCAACAAUCUGAAAGCCCGCACCAAUAAGAGGUGGGAUAUCGUCCAGCUUCGCCCUGGCAGCACCCCGGGUCGCUAUAUCCUAUGGUCAUCCGUGGAUUCCGAAUUGAUUCCUGUUCCCUUACGCAUCCCAAGAGAGUUUUACAUUCACAUGCGUCAACCAAAGGAAAGCAUGUUUCGACCGGAAUCUUAUUCCUUUGGGGGGGUUUCCCGCAGUCUGCCUCGGGAGCUACCGUUCUUAAACCUGUACAAACUUGCGGUUCGCGAAGACGCCUAUCAAGAGAUGCGAGAACAUUUAAUUGACCUUGCUAGCGAUCCAAACGUUGACAGAGUGUUCGAAUUACAGUUGUUCGGGCCCAAGUUUCACAAGGGAUAUCACGAUUAUCACGAUGUCUCUAAUCGAGCACAGAACGUCGGUUUUGAUUCACGACAACCCGAUAGCCCAAUGACAUCCGCAACCUCACGCCAGCAUCUCAGUGGUGGCAAGGGCGGGCACUACGUUUUAUUGUAUCAUGCAUUUUCGGCGACCUCACCGCUCCAUGUGUUUGCCCCUUUCCCCCCAAUACCUCGCCUCUCGGAGACUUGCAUUGAUUGCGAGACCACCACCAUGGAAGAAGUCGAAGUAUUAACUACGGAAACUGCCGUACCUCGAGAACUGGGCUUACACGAAAACAAAUCCUGUCCCGUUGUCCUUUCCUCUAGCAAAGACGAUUCCUAUUUCCCAAGCUUGUACUCUGGUUGUGACAAAAUCAGGUCUGCGUCCUUGCUCGGGAGGCUGCAGUGGGUUCCUCGUAAUGAGCUUUGUCUGUGCUAG